GGGUGGAAGCAGAGAAGCCUCUUUCUUCUAACUGCCGCCCCCCGCCCCCGUUGUAUGUAUGAACGCCACAUGCCCUGCACUAGCGGCACCAAGGCUUUGAGGACGCCGGCCGUUCUCCCUCCAGGCCUUCAGAGGGCGCUAUAGCGAAGCCGGCUGCUCCCCGACAUCCUUCGCGCAGGCGCGCAUCUUUAAGCAGCGGAAGAGCUGGUGUGCGUGGUGGAGCAGCGGCCGGAAGCAGGUCGCACGCCAGGCGCCGUGAUGCCUGGGGACCACCGCCGUAUACGCGGCCCGGAGGAAUCACAGCCGCCGCAGCUGUACGCGGCCGACGAAGAGGAUGCGCCCGCCGCUCGCGACCCGACGCGGCUGCGACCCGUGUACGCUCGCGCGGGGUUGCUGAGCCAAGCCAAGGGCUCAGCCUACCUGGAGGCAGGAGGCACCAAGGUGUUGUGCGCGGUGUCGGGCCCGCGCCAGGCCGAGGGCGGCGAGCGCGGGGGCGGCCCGGCCGGAGCGGGUGGCGAGGCCCCGGCCGCGCUGCGUGGUCGACUGCUCUGCGAUUUCCGCCGCGCCCCCUUCGCGGGGCGCCGGCGCCGCGCUCCCCAGGGCGGCGGUGAGGAGCGUGAGCUGGCGCUGGCGCUGCAGGAGGCGCUGGAGCCAGCGGUGCGCCUGGGCCGAUACCCGCGUGCACAGCUCGAGGUGUCUGCGCUGCUGCUGGAGGACGGGGGCUCAGCCCUGGCCGCCGCGCUCACCGCCGCUGCGCUCGCCCUGGCCGAUGCGGGCGUGGAGAUGUACGACCUGGUGGUGGGCUGCGGCCUGAGCCUCGCUCCGGGGCCCGCGUCCACCUGGCUACUGGACCCCACGCGGCUCGAGGAGGAGCGCGCCGCCGCCGGUCUCACUGUGGCACUCAUGCCCGUCCUGAAUCAGGUGGCUGGGCUGCUGGGUAGCGGGGAGGGUGGCCUGACCGAGAGCUGGGCGGAGGCCGUACGCCUUGGCCUCGAGGGCUGCCAGCGCCUCUAUCCAGUGUUGCAGCAGUGCCUGGUGCGGGCUGCCCGUCGCAAGGGCGCCGCCCCGCCCUGAACAACGACGGACGCCACGCCGAGACCCGUGCCGUGGGCCUCGAGCCUGCAUCGAGAUAUGCAGCAGGAGCCCCGGAGAGCACCUGGAGAGGCUGAAACAGAGCCGAGGCGCCAGACAGCUGUGGUGGUGGAAGGGCUUUUUACAAACCUCAUUAAAGGAACUUUCCUCCUUUAGCCGGCUCUCAGCUGCGACCCAGUUGAGAACACCUGUGAGCGCAGCCUGACUUCCAGGCUGGAAACUUGGAACUUACCUGGAAGCUGGUAUCUGGGAACUGUAGUCAUUUAAGGGAUAGAUCCUUUGCACCGCCAGCCAGAGACUCCCUCUGACGUAACUGGGCGACUUUUGAGAGGUUGGACAAGAGGCUGUGCCUUCUCACCGUGUCUGAGCCAAAAGAAAAACACUUCUAUAUCUGAAAAGCGUCUUCUGUUGUGAUUCUUCUUGGUCCAGGAUUUUAGAGAGCACGGCUUCUUUGUUCUUACAUCCCAGGUGGCAAGGGGCCGUGACCGCGGUGCCUUUAACCGGUCCCGUUCCUUAGACCAACUUGAACGGGACAGAUAGGCUGCAAAGAACAGCUGCAGGACUGGAUGUGGGCCCUGUGCUUUAUAGAAGGAGAAGCUGCCCCCACACGAACCAGAGACAGGACAGCUGCUGAGAUAUGACAAAAGUAGGAAGAGUUGUAUGGCCCCAGCGGCGCGCUGAGUGCACCCCAGCCCCCCACCCUGGUUUGGUACUGGGCAAGACCCAACUCGGCUGGGUAGCUGGAAUGGGUUUUGCUCUGGGUGGAAGCCAGAUCUGUCCUUGGCCAUGUGGAGAACGGCACAACCAGAGGCCUCCACAGCCGGUGGGAAGUGGUGUCCUGGGCCGUCUUCACGUGGUGCCUUGGUCCUAGGAGGAAAACCCUGAGCAACGCCCAGAGAGGGCAGGUGAACUGCCAGGAAAGCCAGGUACGGCUUGGCUGCUCCAUAGGGCAGAACCGGCCUGACUCACCACGAGGGUGGGGUCUUUCCUGUGUGGCUCCCAGAUCUGCUGGUCUGGUCUCAAGGCUGCUCUGGACGCAGCCAGGUGACUGCCAUUGAGAAGGCAGGGCAGCCUGGUCCGGUCUCUGCACUCGGCUUCUCGGGGAAGGGCCGGUGCCGGGCAGCCCAAGGACCAGAAUGAGUUUCUGGAGCCACACCAAGAAGCCUUGACCAGGAAAAAGAUUUAUGAAUUUUAUUUUUUCCCUUUUGACUUACCUUUCCAGAGCAGGUCUGAAAUGGUAUCACACCAGUGGAGACAGCUCAUGUUAUUCUGAAGGAUGGCUUUGGAGAGUGGAUGACGAGUCUGGAGCCCCAAGAGGGUGGUGUGGGGUGUACGCCGAGGACCUUCCGGCUGUUUCGGGCAGGGAGGGAGACUGGGAUCCCAGGGAAAUCUGUUGGCUGUUGGUGCAUCCAGAGGGGAGUGAAGAGCAGCUGUGGCCGUGUCUGCACUCAGGACUGAGGAUUGCCCCUGAGUGCUGGGGUGGGGUGGGGGUGGGCUGUCAGCUGUCCCUUGGAAGACAGCCUCAGCUUCAUGAGGAUGGCGACCUGGUACAGUCCCAGGCUACCUCCCUCCUAACGCUGUCAGUCCCAUGGCUGUCAUCGUGAAAUGUAACCUCCUAAGAAGCUAAACCUGCUGCAACAGUGAACCUUCCGCUUUUCUGGCCAA